AUGCUUCAAAAACCACAAUUGCUAGUGUUACUGCUAGGCAUCUCAAAUGCAAUUGCACAAAACAUAACCUACAAAGUAGUGACAACAGCCAUUGACCAUGAUAGUCCACACGCUAUGGGUGUACUCAUUGACAACUACAAAGUGCCAUUUCCAUUGAUCGCAUCGGAUGACAUGCCAUACAUCUACACAGGCAAUGCACCCAUUGCAAAGACUGGAUACAGUUAUGUUCGUUUCAACAAGGACUCACAAUCACUAGAGGAAAGAGAAGCAUUCACAAGAGGUGCUAUUGAAACAGACUCCAUGUUUGAGUUCUACAACAGAUCUCGCAACACAUAUAAUGUCCCUGAAUUGCCUCAGCUAUACGAGCCCGUCAAUGCCAUGCAUAGAGUGGCAUCCAACCUACAUUACAGCGACAGAAUUCCAACAUUUUUCCUUUCUGGUGACAUUUCUGCUAUUCAAGCCAAUUCCUCUAAAGGCAUUGAUGCAGCAGUAGAUGUUACCUAUGUUGGUUUGGACGAGGCCAAAACCCUUAAAGGGGCAAAGAUUCAGCUGUCUGGCCGUGGUACUAGAAAUCUUCCCAAGGCAUCCUACAAAAUCAAGUUUAAUAAGAAGGACAUGCUCUUUGGCUACAGAAAGAUCAAGUUUCGCUCUCUCACGACGGACCCAUCGUAUAUUCGGGAGAAAUUAGCCUUUGAUGUAGCAGAAUCAUUUGGACUUCCUACUACCCGAUAUUCCUAUGCCAGGCUGUUCAUCAAUAACAAGCCUUAUGGUCUCUUUGGUCUCGAGGAAGAUUUCUCUAAUCCUUGGGUUGCAAAUGAAUUCAAUAAUGGUGUCAAGGAGGGCUUCAAUCAAGGCAUUCUCUACAAUGGUGCCAUUCGCUCUAACCUGGAAUACCUUGGUGAAAGUGAAAAGCCUUAUCUUGCAGUCAAGGUCAAAAGAUUUGGUGACACGGCAUACAGCAUCAAAGCAAAGCCCACACAGGGAAAAGCAGACAUGAAAAAGUUGAUUGCUUUGACUAAAUUCCUCAAAAACGCUCCUUCUACGGAGCCAAAUGCUGUAGCUAUCUGGAAUCAACAUUUGGACACAGACAGUGUACUCAGAAGUCUUGCACUAGAAGUAUUUUUGGGAGAUACCGAUGGUUACAUCAGCAGUGGAGAUAACUACUACAUUUACGAAGACCCAGCUCAUCAAGGUCGAUUUGUGUACAUUAUCUACGAUCUCGAUUUGACUCAAGGCUCUGCUUCUCGUCACUAUGUUUCUCAAACAUUGAAGGGAGACUACACCAAAUUCUUGGGCUACAGUGAAAAAAGACCACUCUUGCACCAGAUUCUUAAGGUGCCUGAAUUCAAAUCAAAAUUCGAGUCUAUUCUUCGCAAUGUCAUUCAAAAGCAAAGAGAUAACCAAGACUUUUUAUACCAACGCAUUGAUGCUCUCUCUGUCAUGCUCCAGGAAGAUGUCGCCUGGGAUAAGUCCAUCUCGAGAGAAAGCCGUGAAAACACCGUGAGCCAGUAUCUGGAAAAAAUCAUUGAAAAUGGCAAAGAGAACAAUGGCAAACCUGCUGAAGCAAAUGUGGUUGAUUACUCUGAGAGAAUCUUGUAUAACGAUAUCCCAUUUGAUACUGCCGUCAAUGGCACUAUCAAUCGCUUGACCAUUAUGGGUUUGAAAGAAUGGUACUCCAAAAUGGUUGAAUCCUACUCUUCGUUUGUAUAA